GCAUUGACACAGCCACCCCACAUAACGCUGGCAGACAAAACAAGACAGGACAGGACAAAGAGGCACUGCAAGGAGCCCCUGUACAACCACUUCAUGCUUUUCUGAUGCAAAAUUCAGUGGGAUGGCGGAAAAAUUGCCCCGUAUUCCCUGGCUGGCCUGGGUUGGGAGGGGGGAGGAGGAGGAGGAGGAGAAAGGCCGAGGGGCUGCCCAAGCACAACAGCCUGAAGAAGUGGAAGCAGUCCAGCCACUGCAGACAGAUCCACUUGGGGAACUGCCAGAGGAGGAGCACACCCAUGGACUCUUCUACAGAUGCACACAGAUGUUUUCAGACUUCCAUAAGACCACUGAUCAUGAAGACAAGACCACCAUGGUCCUCGAGGGCACAGCAACCUCCAGCUCCUGCAAAGCAGAGGAUUGUGCUGCCAUGGUGGAUAUUAUCAUGGGAAGUGGCAGCUCCCAUUUGAAUAAAGUGCCAACCAUUGUGAGGAACAUUCACCAACAGCUUACGAAGACAACAUAUAUGUCUCAUGAAGACAGGUUGGACAAGACCCUUCAGGAGAUGACAGUUGCACAGCCCCAUGAUGUGGUGAUGACCCUUCUGCGCUGCGCUCCAUCGUGUGACAGAGCUGCUGUGACCAUGUGGAAGGCAAUUGUCUCCUCAAGCAGAGCUGCGGAGAAGGUGCUGCCGGAGCUGCUGUGCGUGCUGGAGGACUGGCCGCUGCACAGCACAUCCACCUCUGACAAGGACUACUCAGACAUCUUUUCUCUGGCUGCAACCAGAGCACUGUGGGAGAUCAUCCAUCUGCCCCACCAUCCAGAGGCAUUGAUGAUGUACUUCCCCCGCCUCUUUGUGGCUCUGCUAUUCCAAAUCUUCUCCAGCACAACGCAGAUGCCAGUAGAUGUCAAUAACUUCUGGAGGAGAUGUGAGCAGGAGCAUUGCCUUCCCACCAACCCCAGCAGAUUCGUAGUGCAGACCAUGAAAUCACUGCUCUGCCAUCUUGAGUAUGAGGAUGUGGUGUCUGAAAUUGAACAUGAGUGUGGCUGGGACACAUUGCUCAACAUUGACAAUCACCAGUAUGCAUUGGGUCCGCUGGCCAGAGCAAUGCUCAGGGUCUCACAGUGCUUGUGUUACCGGACUGCACGCUACCUGUUCAGGCUGCUCCGCAGAGAGGAGGCUCGCUGGGAAGUCUCUGCCAUGGCAUUCUUUGUUGAGCUCCUGCCUUGCCUUAACGUAAAGGAAUGGGAUGAACGCAUCCUGCAACUUUUCCCAAUCUACCUCAGGAGAGAUUGCAGAGAGAUGCGUCUCCUGCUGCUCAGAUGCCUCCUGGUGCUCUGCAAGAGACCCUCAAUGGCCAACACUAUCCUGGCCUUGACUGGAAGCCUCACAGAGGUACUGAAGGAUAAAGACGGAGAGGUGAUGGGCAUGACCCUUUCUGUGCUCAGCGAGGUGCUCCGGGACACAGAUGUGCCAAUUGCCAGUUCCAUUGCUGUGCAGCUGGCUGAGGCACUCCUGCCACUGUUUGAGAACGACACUAGCCAUGUGCAGCUCCUCUCCAUUCGCCUCUUUCAAGUGCUAAUGGAGUUGGUAGAGGAAGACGGAAAAAAGCUCCUGGAGAAGAAUGUGCGCCAGAGCCUGUUCCUACUGUUCUGCCACCUGUAUGAUGAGAACCAGUGUGUGGCACAGGCUUUUUGGGAAACUCUGCUUCAAGCUAACACGUUCCUGCAGGAGAGGAAGCUCGAGCAACUGUUGGAAAAGACAUGGAGCGUUGACAAGUGCCUGGUGCCAAGCAUUGUGAGGGACAUGUACCAAUGGCUCACAUUCAUCAUGGAUGUGUCUGCUGAGCACAGACUGGACAAGAGCCUUCAGGAGAUGAGCCUUGCACAGUCUCAUGACGUGGUGGUGACUAUUCUGCGCUGCGCCCCAUCAUGUGACAGAGCUGCUGUGACCAUGUGGAAGGCAAUUGUCUCCUCAAGCAGAGCUGCGGAGAAGGUGCUGCCGGAGCUGCUGUGCGUGCUGGAGGACUGGCCGCUGCACAGCACAUCCACCUCUGACAAGGACUACUCAGACAUCUUUUCUCUGGCUGCAACCAGAGCACUGUGGGAGAUCAUCCAUCUGCCCCACCAUCCAGAGGCAUUGAUGAUGUACUUCCCCUGCCUCUUUGUGGCUCUGCUAUUCCAAAUCUUCUCCAGCACAGCACAGAUGCCAGUAGAUGUCAAUACCUUCUGGAGGAGAUGCCAGCAGAAGCAUUGCCUUCCCACCAACCCCAGCAGAUUCGUAGUGCAGACCAUGAAAUCACUGCUCUGCCAUCUUGAGUAUGAGGAUGUGGUGUCUGAAAUUGAACAUGAGUGUGGCUGGGACACAUUGCUCAACAUUGACAAUCACCAGUAUGCAUUGGGUCCGCUGGCCAGAGCAAUGCUCAGGGUCUCACAGUACUUGUGUUACCGGAUUGCACGCUACCUGUUCAGGCUGCUCCGCAGAGAGGAGGCUCGCUGGGAAGUCUCUGCCAUGGCAUUCUUUGUUGAGCUCCUGCCUUGCCUAAACUUAGAUAAAUGGGAUGAACGCAUCCUGCAGCUUGUCCCAAUCUACCUCAGGAGAGAUUGCAGAGAGAUGCGUCUCCUGCUGCUCAGAUGCCUCCUGGUGCUCUGCAAGAGACCCUCAAUGGCCAACUCAAUCGUGGCCCUGACUGAAAGCCUCACAGAGGUACUGAAGGAUAAAGAUGGAGAGGUGGUGGGCAUGACCCUUUCUGUGCUCAGCGAGGUGCUCCGGGACGCAGACCUGUCAGUUGUCAGUUCCAUUGCUGUGCAGCUGGCUGAGGCACUCCUGCCACUGUUUGAGAACGACACUAGCCAUGUGCAGCUCCUCUCCAUUCAUCUCUUUCAAGUGCUAAUGCAGUUGGUAGCAGAAGAGGAAAAAAAGCUCCUGGAGAAGAAUGUGCACCAGAGCCUAUUACCGCUCUUUUAUCACAUGUAUGAUGAGAACCAGUGUGUGGCACAGGCCUCUUGGGAAACCCUGCUUCAAGCAACAAAGUUCCUGAAGAAGUGGAAUCUUGAGCAGCUGCUGGAGACAGAGGAGAUGUGGAGGUUCGGCGAGUGCCUGCUGGCAGAGGACAAAAGCAGAGCAGACGAGUACCUGCGCCAGUCCGUGUCAUACCUGCAUAGUCCACAGAAGUCCAUGCGAGAGGCAGCCAUCAGGCUCACUGCACGUCAAGGCACGACAAAUAACUUUAGCACCUCCAUCUCAAACCUCGCAACUCAAACCCGGCACUUUCUAAGAGCUGUAGAGAGACAUCCUUCCUUCAGAUUCAGGCUGCCGCAAAACCAGCUCCGCAUGGCGUGGAGGAGGCGGCCCUCUCUCUUGGACAAUGGCUGGCCUUCUGUCUGCUACAGUGGUUGGCCACACUGCUGGAGGUCUCUGCAGAGCUAAUCCUGGGAGCUCUGUCUGCUGGGGCCACCUGAGUGUGCAGGAAAUACUAGGUGGCUUCUGGCCUCUCCCGACCCACAGGACAACUCUUCUCUAAGACCCUUUUUCUUUAUGUCUUUUAAGGAAAGUUCUUUUAUGCAAAUAUCAGCACUAGUUCAGGACCUUUUAUCUCAGGCUCCUGCCAUCCAGAGCCCAAUUUGCAGCUUGCACUGCAGCUGCACACUGACCUAUCUGCACUGAAUGUACUCCUCAACAGUCCUAACUUUGUUUUAAUUGAGCAUACCAGCUAAUACAUUGAAAGGGACAGAAGGAAAGUUUCAAGGCACUUAACCACUGCCCUAACAUACAACAUUAUAACAAGUAACAAACUUAACACAAUUAAGAGCAGAAAUGAUUAUCAAUAUAAAAUCAUGCAGGAUUCUCAAAAGUCUGUUACUCAUCGUUCACUACUUGUUAACGUACUGGGACAAGUAUUCAUCUCCAUCCAACAAGCUGGUCUUAACUGGGGUAUAAGUUCACACACAGAACACGUUGAGUUGGAAGGGACCUACAAGGUCCUUAAAUUCAACUCUUAAAUGAAUGACCCAUAUGGGGAUCGAACCUGCAAACUUGGUGUUAUUAGCACCAUCUUCAAACCAACUGAUCUCUUAAUGACAUAUUCAGUUGAUUGAUUUUAUUUGCUGUAAAAUGAGCACCCCUGUCUGGUUCAAGUGACUUGGUGCCCCUGCUGCAACUGGAUCUGGUUGUGAGAGAUCUCUCAUCAGGUCCGAAUCUCUACAGUACCUCUCCUCUAGCUAUUUUCUGGCUCCUAGUUCUCAGUUGCCUCAGUCAGAGACUUAGCCAUUUCUCCUAACUGGGAAUCCCAUAGCUUCAAGAAAACCAGUCGUGGGAGUUUAAUUAUGGCCUCUAUUUUUUCUGGAUCUAUCACUCAUUGCCCCUUCCCCAAAAUACAGCCAAAUAUUUCUCUUUCCUUUUGACACAGCUGAAGUUUGGACGGAGAUGCAUGCUGUUUCCUUUUUGCUAGUGCAAUACAUCUAGUAUACAAGCAUUCUCAUCACAAUUUGCUAAUGAGAAAUUACCUACAUGAACCGAUUGUACAAGAGCUGAUACCGAAAUAAAUGUAUACGUAGAAAAA